AUGGAAGCAGACGGCAACGAGAUCUCGCGCCUGCCGGAGGAGCUCCUCGCGUCGAUCAUCUCCCGCACGUCGCCGCCGGACGCCGGACGCUGUGCCGCCGUCUCCCGCUCCUUCCUCGCCGCGGCGGACUCCGACGCCGUUUGGUCCUGCUUCCUGCCCCGCGACCUCCCACGGUUCGCUGAAGGUGUGCUCCCCCACGCGCCGCCGUCCAAGAAGGGCUUGUUCCGAUGCCUCUCCGACCAACCGGCGCUCCUCCCAGGCAAGCUCGUGAGCAUGCGGCUGGACCGGGCUACUGGCACCAAGUGCUACAUGCUCUCGGCGAGGUCGCUGCAUAUUUCGUGGGGCGAGACAAUAGAUUACUGGGAAUGGAUCAAGCUCCGUUCUGAUGAGAUCCAAGCAAACAACAGCUUCCGUGAAGCAGCUCAACUUCAGGGAGUUUGGUGGCUGUUAAUCCGUGGCGAAAUACAUAGCACAAUGCUCAGCCCAAACUCCAAGUAUGCUGCUUACAUGGUGUUCAAGCUAGCCGAUGAGUUCAUCAAGCUCGAUUUCCCGUUUCAAGAGGCAUCAAUCACUGUUGGAGGGAAUGAUGACUCAACACGCCAAGUUUGCCUCCAAGCCUAUAUGGAGGACGGGGAUGACGGGGUACCUCGCAAACAUAUCUUGAGGUGUAGUUGGGAAGACUAUAUGCCUCAUACAAGUUGUGAUGCAAUUCCUCUCACAGAUGAUGUUAUGCUCCCUCGAAAAAGGGUUGAUGGCUGGAUGGAGGUCGAGCUAGGCGAGUUCUACAACGGUGAAAGCUGUGACAGCGAUGUGUCUGUGUGCCUAAAGGAAACCGAAGGAGGAGUUUGGAAGACUGGUCUUAUUGUGUGGGGUAUUGAGAUUAGAACUAAGCAAUGA